GACUUGGCAGGAGAAAAGCCAUUGGAGUCACCAUGCGAUAUUAAUUGUAAGGAUAUCAUAUUACUAUCUAAUAUCCUAUCCACAUAGGUUUCUUAUCUUUUGAACGUCAAUAUCUCCUUUUUCAGAUAAUGAUUUAUCCAACUGUCAAUCUCAAGUUGUGCUGCCAAAAUUAGAAAACCACGUGACACUUUCAAAGAGGUCAUCAAACUGUUCAGCAAUUUCAGCAGAGGAUGCUGGUUACUGUAAGAAUAUCAUGUUGCGAUCUAAUCUCCUAUCCACAUAGAUUUUUUUCCGUUGAACUUCAGUAUCUGCUCUUUCAGAUACUGAUUCAUCCAACAAUCAGUCUCAACUUGUGCUGCCAAAAUUAGAAAACCGCAUGACAAUUCCAAACAAUUCAUCAAAUAGCUCAUCGGUUUCAACAAAGUUCCAGUUAUCAGAACAACCACGUGAAAUUCAUAAUUCAGUCAAUACAUCUGUCCAGAAUUCGAAUGAAUAUGUUUGUUCUAAAACAAAUCCUACAUCCACAAAACAUAUUUUAGAUGAGCCGACCGACAUACCACAAAGUUUUCCUCCUAGUUGCUAUUUCCCAUCUUCCUUUAAUCGUCCCGUGCGCACAUCAAACUUUUCAACGCAAGUUGAGUACGGUAGCACAACGAACAGAGGAAUACCACGAGAUGAAAGAAAACCAGGUACGGACUGUCUGAGAAUGAAAGUGACUACAUCUAGUUUUGAAAAAUUGAUUCUAGUGGUUAAUCGACCAAUGGCGCAAGAUGAAUUAAAUAAACUUGCACUAUUGCUCAAUUGUACUGGGAACAAACCGUUUGAAUUGGCAACACAAUUAAAGCUGGAUCAAAUUCGUAUAAAUACAAUUAAAAAUUUUGUAGAACAGAUUGAGAGCUACUCAAAAGCAACGGUGGCCAUGCAUGAAGUACUGAGAUGUUGGCGAGAACAGUAUGCAGAUAAAGCAUCAUGCAUCAAACUAUUUGAUGCAUUAAUUCGAGCUGAUGAAGUAGACGUGGCACUACAUUUAAGAAAGUAUGUUGAGAAGUCAUUUCGUAAUUAGUUGUUGCAUGCAAUAUGUUUUUUGUAACAAAAAAGUGAGACAUUUAUUUCAAAACAAUCGUCAGGUUUUUGUAAAUAAAAUGAAGAAGAAAUUUUGCACGUUUUCCUAUUAAAUGCUGCUCGUAAAAUUGUCUAUCAAGUCAUGUAGUUUUAAUAUCUAUCAACAGUCUCUUGAAUAGAAAAUAAAUAAACCCAGAAAAGGAAUAUCCUAAACUUUUGUCGUUGACUCUACUUCUACUGUUUAUUUAUCACCUGGAAAUAUUGUCAAAUCCGACAGUUUGUCAAAAUAAGACUGACGUAACUUAUAUCAGUAGGCUGCGACAGAAAAACGUAGGACAUAUGCAGUCAUUAUGAUCGUUAGAAUAAAUAUUUUACAGCUUUACUGGUUUGUUUAAGUUUUUUGAAGAAUGACAAUGUAAGAAAAGAGGUUUUUAGCGAUCAUCGCAUUAGAAAACAGGCAUUAAAAAAGGUACUAUGUCAAUUCGUCGCACGUCUUUUCGUAGAGGAUACUUCGUUGCGGUCAUUUAAUCGGCGAGCUUUCCAUCGCACGGACAUUUAGUCGCAUCACUUCUGUCGCACAAUUUGUUUUAACAUAAUUUUUGAACGAUAAAAGGAACAUGACGAUAGUGGUGCGGGCAAUAUUAGAUAAAUUAGGUUUCUUCAUACUAUCUAUUGUCUGAAUUGUGGUUCAUUGUUUAUAGAUAUUGAUGAGGCAAAGAAUGUUAGUGUGGAAACCAUAGGUUCAUGUCCGCAG